GUUUGAUGUUCCUUGCCGACCUGCUGUAUCGGAAAAAAAAGACCAUCGCAAGAAGCCUAAAGUUCUAGACUGGCUAAAGACCAACGAACAGUAAGUGGGAUCCCUUCGGACUGCGGCAAAGUUGAAGUUCUUACUGCAGAUAUCAAAAAACCAUGACUCUCCGUGAAUUUUUCGUACACGGUUUCUCCAUUGGAGAUAACUUUCCUCCUUUCCGCCAAGAGCACCCCCCUCGUCCGCAGGUGCCAAUUUUUUCUUCCUGGUGGCGACAAUUGCUCGAAGCUACGACGACGCCAACAUCGUCUUCCGCCUCAGUACCACCCCCACACGACCGUGGACACCAGCACAAGACCGUGUUCGCGGAAGGCGACGAGGGAGAAAAGCCGGCCACGGCAGCGGAGGAAAGUCCGCCCGCCGCAGAAGCCAAAACCCAAGAACCCGACGCGGCUGACACUGAGAAACACGCCUCUGCAGAUGAACCAGCAACUGACCAGAAAGAGGAAGCCAAGCCUGCUGAAGGUGAUGCAACAUCAGCAGCGCCGACCACUACACCGGGUCCUUCAGACUCAGCUACAAAUGACGACCAGGCUCCUCCAAAACCUGAGCCCAAACCGCGAAAAAAAGCGAAGAAACCGCACGAGCUCCCGUUCGCGUCCACUCUGGAGCAGAACCGGCGACUGUGGGCGGACAAGGUGGAAAACGAAAUUGCGAAAUCGCUCCAAACGCUCGUUGACCGCCUGCCGGAGAUGAAGGACGGGAUCCGGAAGAUGCAAAAACAGACCCACGCGGCGGACAAGGCGGUGAAUAAUUUAAAAUACCAGGAGGAGAACGGGUUCCCGAGUGCGGAGCAGGCGAGCCGGAAACUGUCCAAACAGGCGAACAAGGUGCGGAGACAGAUUCGGAAGCAGAUCGAAGUCGAAAAGAAGCUGGCUGCGGCGGAGUGAGUUUGCUUUUUGUGAAUGAAAACUUUUCACACGGCUUUGAAUCAAUUCAAGUUUCGUACGUGCGCCGCAUCAAGAAAGUGUAUAGUUCUGGGACACUGCCCUCGCAAAGGAAUCCAAAAUUCGUCCGCUGUGCUUUGCUCCAAGC